GUCACUCCUCAGCAGACUGGACCGACACCAAUUAAGCUUAAUGAGGCAGCACACCUGACUUCAGAGUGGAUCCUGGAGCUUAUAUAGUCCGAGCGCAGAGCCUGUUGCUUCCUCUCUGAUAGCAGCCACAGAACGCAUCCACACAGUUGUUGCAUCUCAGGGGGAAAUUGUUUGUUUGCUCAGCAAGUUGACUUUCAGCCAUGGUGAAAGAGAAGUCCCACGUCAACAUGGUGGUCAUUGGCCACGUCGACGGUGGCAAGUCCACCACCACCGGACACCUGGUCUACAAAUGUGGAGGCAUCGACCAGAGGAAGCUGGAGAAGUUUGAGAAGGCGUCUGCACAGAUGGGGAAGAGUUCCUUCAAGUUUGCCUGGGUGCUGGACAAGCUGAAGGCUGAGAGGGAGCGUGGAAUCACCAUCGAUAUUUCACUGCUGAAAUUCAACACACAAAAGUACACCAUGACAGUAAUUGACGCUCCGGGCCAUCGAGACUUCAUCAAGAACAUGAUAACCGGAACAUCACAGGCUGAUGUUGCCCUCCUGGUGGUCUCUGCAGCUAAAGGGGAGUUUGAGGCGGGUGUAUCGAGGAGUGGUCAGACCAGAGAGCACGCCCUGCUGGCUUACACCCUGGGUGUGAAACAAAUGAUUGUCUGUGUGAACAAAAUGGAUCUGACCGAGCCGCCCUACUGCCAGAAGCGCUUUGACGAGGUGACGCGAGGCGUGAGCGGCUUCCUCAAGAAGAUCGGGUACGACCCUGUGACCGUGCCCUUUGUUCCCAUCUCUGGCUGGACUGGGGAGAACAUGAUCACCGCAACCCAGAAGAUGCCCUGGUUCCAAGGCUGGAAGGUCCGACGGAGGGAAGGGAACUCCAAUGGGAGGACUCUUCUUGAAGUUCUGGACUCGAUUCAGCCUCCUGUGCGCACCAUCAACAAGCCGCUUCGACUACCUCUGCAGGACGUCUACAAAAUUGGAGGAGUUGGGACGGUACCGGUGGGCAAGAUUGAAACGGGCGUCCUCAAACCCGGCAUGACCCUGAUGUUCUCCCCCGCCAAACUCACCGCCGAGGUCAAGUCCAUUGAGAUGCACCACCAGGGGAUGGAGACGGCCCUGCCAGGACACAAUGUUGGCUUCAACAUUAAGAAUGUGGCCGUCAAGAACCUGCGGCGUGGGGACGUGGCCGGCAACGCCCAGCAGGACCCUCCAUCAGUCGUCAGCAGCUUCGAGGCCCAGUUGAUCAUCCUGAACCAUCCAGGGAAGGUGAAGGCCGGAUACUCUCCGGUGCUGGACUGCCACACCACCCAUGUGACCUGUCGCUUUGCCGAGCUGAAGGAGAAGCUCGACCGGCGCACGGGCAAGAAGCUGGAGGAUUCACCCCAGGGCCUGGUGUCUGGAGACGCUGCCACUGUCAGACUGGUUCCCAUCAAGCCCAUGUGUGUGGAGAGCUUCUUCACAUACCCUCCCUUAGGUCGCUUUGCAGCCAGAGACCUGAAGCAGACAGUCGCUGUCGGCGUCAUCAAGUCAGUGGUGAAGGACCAUGGGUCUAAACCACCCAAAGCCCAAGUGGUUAAAUAAGUUAGUUUCUGUUUACCAGUAUUUUGGUAUCACUGCUUUGUGUAGUUAUUUUUAUUCAGACUGAAUUUGUGUGUUUUGACACAAAGUAUUUAUUUUGUGUUUUGAA